AUGACUUCGUCUUUUCCUUUCCUGUCUCGGCUUCUAUCGACUUUCAUCUCCUUCCAAAUCAUUAUUUUCCGUUUUCAUGUAAACAACACAUGGAAUACGUCAUCAAAUAUAUUUCCGAUCGUUUUUUCUCAACCGCUCAUCUAUCUAUCUAUCUAUCUAUCUAUCUAUCUAUCUAUCUAUCUAUCUAUCUAUCUAUCUAACUAUCUAUCUAUCUAUCUAUCUCAUUCUGCUCAAUAUCUAUCUAUCUAUCUAUCUAUCUAUCUAUCUAUCUAUCUAUCUAUCUAUCAGAUCAUCUAUAGCAAAAUCAAACAACCAAACAAUCUAUCUAUCUAUCUAUCUAUCUAUCUAUCUAUCUAUCUAUCUAUCUAUCUAUCUCCCCCCCUCACUCACUCACUCACUCACUCACUCACUCACUCACUCACUCACACUAUCUAUCUAUCUAUCUAUCUAUCUAUCUAUCUAUCUAUCUAUCUAUCUAUCUAUCUCCCCCACUCACUCACCACUCACUCACUCACUCACUCACUCACCACCUCCACACUAUCUAUCUAUCUAUCUAUCUAUCUAUCUAUCUAUCUAUCUAUCUAUCUAUCUAUCUAUCUAUCUAUCUAUUCAAGAAACAGUCGAUGUCACUGUCUUUCUAUUUCAGUCUGUUUACGUGAAUGUACAUUCUGGAAUUGUGCCAAAGAGUGA